AUGCCAGAGGUCCUCUACGUGUGCUUCACAAUGCUCAUAGGCACUGUGAUGCACAGCGUCAUCAUCGGCAAGGUGAUUUCAGAGGUUUCCCAGGACACAGAGUUAAAGACCCUAGCGGAGCACCGGCAGCGGUUGGUGGCCGGCUUCAUGCAGCACGCGCGGUUACGAGGCGGAUCCUUUUUGAAAAGGUCCCCUGAAUAA